AAGUGACGCCAUCAUUUUUUUUUGCCAUGGUAAACACUAACGAUGGUAACACUAACGAUUUCUUUAGUACUGUAAGGCUGAAAAGCUCUUUAAAGUGUCAAAUAGUUCGUGUAAAACAGACGUUUCGGGCUUAGCCCUUCUUCUCUCAACACUUAUGGGUUUUUAGUUCAUCUCUACAAUGUAUUCAGUAAUUUUGUAAUAUAUGACUUGAUCAUUUUUACCUGUUUAUUUGUAUAAAAACUCUUCCUUAGUAGUAAUAACCCUUUAUUUGACUUUCUCGAAGCACUGUUAUUUUCUUUUAUUUCACAUUUUUUUAUAAAGCAGAAAAUUAAGGGUGCAUAUAUUGAAUGAGCGACAUUCGCCAGUUCACGCCCGCAGCCACCUUAAUGAUUUUAAAAUCCUCCUACAUUCUGUAAUCAGGUGAUAUUACGGAUUAACUGUGAUCAGCGAAAGAACUUGAAUACAUCUACUCAUCCAGUAAAUCGUGUUUCCUUCUGCUGUUAAUUAGUUUUUGUAAACUGACUCGCCGUAUCGUCUGUGGUCUUAUUGGAGGCGUUGCGGCCAGAUAAAACGCGGUUAGAUUUCCUUACUGAUUGAGACCCGAGUCUACUGCAUUUCUCGAGUUACCUAUUUCGUCAGGGCCUAUUGCCAGUAUUAUUUCUCGGGAAUAUCGACUACUUUUCGAUACUUUGAAGAGGUGUUGGUGGUUGCUUUCUCUUAAGCCAACUGUACUCUUUUCAAAACUGUCCAAACAAUGUUAAAACCUGCAUUAAUUCUAUUCCUAAUCCAGGUAUGCAUAAUACGUCGACUUGGGAUAAACACCGUAGACGGCGUCCUGUGCAACUCUACAGGAAGUUUUCCAGAUCAAAACGACUGCAGAAAGUUUUAUAGUUGUUAUCGAAUUGGGACAGAUGCCAUUGAUUACACCUGUCCUUCCGACAGACCUUUUUAUCACGCAAAGAAAAAGGCAUGUAGAAGCAUUAGUAAAGACCAAGCUGCAUCUCUUUGUCCAAUUUUACUGAGUCCAACUCCAACAGCUUCUUCGAGUGGGAGCCUGAUCAUGAGUCACAGUGAAAUAUCACCCUCCUCGCCAGUUAGUAUGGUUUAUAGCCAGUAUACUACACUGCUCACUCAAGGCGUCAUAAUACCUUCGUCUUCAGUACUACCAGGUGUCUCCAAAAGGGGAGUAAUAGUGCCUACCUUGUCGACCUCCGAAGGCCCAAGCUCUUCAAUAACCACAAAAAUUUCAGGAACCUCCAGUCCAACCACGAAUCCUUGCCAGGCAGCGGCUUUUGAAGAGAAAGUCAAAUGCUUCAAAAAGAAGACUGAGAAGAUGAAAAAGAGUAUGCAGGAUAGUACAUCGAUAACGACGAUUCAGGAUAUUUUACGAACUACCGCAAAUGAUGCUGGGGAUGUCUUUGAAACCGCCCUCCAUUCACAAGCACACAGCUCUGCCGCAUUCAACGCUUUUGACAUUGUAAUCAUAUUAGAAGACCUGUGGAAAGAUGUCCUGGAGGAUUUGACGAAUAGCAGUGAACCUAUACGAAUAUUUACCGAGAGCUUUGGUAAGCGUGCGACCAAGAACAAAGAAAACAUACNAAAUGGCGGACGCUUCUCCGCGUUUUGUAAGUGUCUGUGA